AUGGCAGCACUUCAAAAGCAGCCUUUGUACGUAAAUGAAGUCAACCACACCGUCUAUUUGGUGGAUCCUGCAAACUGUUCCACAGAGGAGUCAGAAUCAAAACUGGCAGCCACAAAAAUCAGAGAGUACCUGAAGAUGAGGAGAAGCCGUGGGAAAACUGAGUGGAUGGACAAAAAAUGGACCAGAGGAGUUCUCACACAUCCAACUCAGAAGGAUGGCAAUAACUGUGGUGUUGUGGUCAUCAUGAUGGCAAGAGCAUUGAUGGAGGCCUUUCCAACGGUUCCAACAAUCACGUUUGGGACAUCCAAAAAGGACAUGAAGAAUGAGAGAAAAACACUGGCUCUCAAAAUACUGAAAGCAUCAGUGUUUGAGUUUGAAAGCAACUGCCAUGUGCUCCAUGGCAAAGCCUCCUGGAUCUGGGCCUCCACUGACAAAUUGGAUCCAAUGUGACACAUGACAGAAAUGGUUCCAUGCACAAUGCUUGAACAUGGACACUGAAAGCCUG